AUGGGGACAAGAACUUACUGGAGAUGCACCAUUACCAACUGCCUUGCUACAAUCAACACCCGCAACAACAUCAUAGUAGGAGUUGGACGGCAACCACACAAUCACCCGGGAGACCAUGCAAGCAUCGUAGCCAAGGAGAUCAUGAACUGCAUCACUGACCGCUGCCACAAAGAAAUCAGACCAAUCCCUACCAUCUACAGUGAGGAACUCUGCAAACUGCGUGACAACGAAUGGGAUGAAGAGACAAGAACCGUUGUAGAGAAGAUACCCACCUUCAACUCCAAGAAGUCACAGCUGUACAGAGCCAGACGCAAGCUUACACCAAAGCUACCAACCACUACCCAGGACAUUGAUCUCGAGGGAAGAUGGACGGAAACCAACACUGGAGAGCGCUUCCUACACAUUGACGAUGGUGACCAGAACAGAAUCCUUGUCUUCGCCACAUCAGAGGACUUGGCUGAGCUCGCCACCGCCGGCCGCAUCUACUGUGAUGGUACUUUCUACACGUGUCCCAACAUCUUUCAUCAGAUCUACACGAUACACAUUGAGAUAGAUGGAUCCAUGUACCCAGUUGUCUACUCUCUUCUACCCGGGAAAAGUCAGCACAUCUACACAAGAUUCUUCACACUACUCAAGACAUUCAUGGCAGACAACCACCUACCCAUGUCGCCCGACACAGUAUUCGUUGACUUUGAGACAGCUGUCCACAACGCAAUCCGCACCGUCUUCCCAGGGACCGAUAUCAAGGGCUGCUUCUUCCACUACACCCAAUGCGUCUGGAGAAAGGCACUGAUGACUGGACUACAGCUUCCAUACCGGGACAACGAAGACAUCAGGAGACUGGACAUUGAGUACGCCGACCUACCAGCUGACGUGACACCAUUCACGGACUAUGUUGUUGACCAAUGGGUGGAUGGAGACCGACCAGUUUGGAACCACUACGACAACGAUGGACCACGUACCACCAACCACCUAGAAGCCUGGCACGGGAAGCUGAAGAAGAUUGUGCAACACGCCCAUCCAAACAUCUUCGAGAUCAUCCAGACAUUCAAAGACAUUCAGGCUACCAACGAAAUUGCAAGACUCCAACGACGCGCCGGUGGAACCAGACGACCCCGACCCAAGAGGUACAGAAACAUUGACACCCGCCUUGCCCUGCUGAAACAGAGACUGGAGAGCAACACCAUAGACAUCAUUGCGUACGCUGAUGCAGCAUCUGAGCUUCUUCACUUGGGUUGA